AUGGAACGUACUCCCAUUGUGCCGGGUUUACUCGAUCUAUCCUUCCAACAAGAGCAUAAAAAGCCAGCUAAAGACGCCAAAAAACGGUACUACAACCAACUAGAAGAAAUUUUCGCGAAGCACCGUCGGAUUCGUACCAAAGGGCAAAAUGAGAAAAUUAUUCCGUCUAAUCACCGGAGCAACAUUACGACUGGAGAUAAUCGGGAGGAUAAUGGCUCGGAUACAGGGUCAGAUAUUUCAAGAGAAUCGGCUACCUUUGGAGGGGAGACAAUGACAACCGACGACGCAACUUGGGAUACGACAAACUAA